AUGCAAGAGCAGGUGGAAAGGUCCGCUCAGGGGCCCAAGUCUCAAUUUCAAACUGGUCACCAAGUUCCAAUUGAACACCACAAAAAGCCGGGUUUACAAGCAGAUUUAGAAAAUCCGAAGCCGACAUCAACUCAACUUCCCACCGAGGACAAUGGGUACCAAACCUACAAAGCAGCUGGGAAGCUGUUAGGAAAGAAGGCCAUUAUAACUGGUGGUGACUCAGGAAUUGGCCGCGCGGUUGCGAUCUUAUUCGCAAUGGAAGGUGCAUCAAGCUUGAUCACGUAUUUGCCCGAAGAGGAAAAAGACGCGCAGGAGACAAAAAGGCGCGUGGAAGAGAUCGGGCAAGCCUGUCAUUGUCUGGCGAUAGACUUACGAGAUAAAUCCAACUGUCAAAAGGUGGUCGACACAGCCCUCCAGACCCUAGGUGGCAUUGACAUCUUGGUCAAUAACGCUGGGACCCAGACUAUGAUCGAUGACAUUAAAGACUUGGAUGAAGCUCAAUGGGAAAGCACAUUUGACACCAAUAUUCAUCCUAUCUUCUACCUUUCAAAGUACACGAUACCUCAUUUGAAGAACGGAUCGACUAUCAUCAACUGUGCUUCAGUCAAUCACUAUAUUGGUCGCCCAGAUCUGCUUGAUUACACAUCAACGAAGGGUGCCAUUGUUGCGUUUACUAGGGGACUAUCCAACCAGCAAGUUAAAAACGGAAUACGCGUAAACUGUGUCUGUCCCGGACCAGUUUGGACUCCUUUGAUACCGGCAACUAUGACUACCGAUGCUAUGAAGCAGUUCAGUGAUACGCCGAUGGGUCGCCCAGGACAGCCGAGUGAAGUGGCAACAUGCUUCGUUUUUCUGGCUAGUCAUGACAGUAGCUUUAUCUCUGGUCAAAGUCUACAUCCUAACGGAGGUGUCGUGGUUAAUGGGUGA